AUGAGUUUUAGAUCGUGGGAAAUGUAUGAAUAUCUAAUUAUACCUGCGACUCAGAAACAUGUUUGGACUGUAAAAACUUCUACACAAGUUGAAAAACCUCGAUAUGUUAUCUUAGGUUUUCAAACCAAUCGAAUAGAUAAUCACACGAGAUAUGCCAACUUUUUUGACAACUGUAAUCUCAUAAAUGUAAAAUUAUUCCUAAACUCACAAUACUAUCCCUAUGGAAAUUUAAAUUUAGAUUUUAAUCAUCACCAAUUUUCUAUUCUGUAUGACAUGUAUUGUAACUUUCAUGCAUCAUACUAUGGAAAAGAUUCUGAACCUCUACUUACCAAAAGUUUAUUUAAAGAUUAUGCACCAUUGGCUGUCAUAGAUUGCUCAAAACAAAACGAAUUUCUCAAGCAAGCUUGUAUUGAAGUACGUUUGGAAUUUAAAUCGAGUGCUAAUUUCCUAUCUAAUACAGCUGCAUAUUGCUUGAUUAUUCAUGAUCGAGUUAUACAAUAUAAAUCAAUCAGUGGUGUUGUUAAAAAAGUAACAUAA